AUUGAUUAAGGUAUUCAUAAUAUGGAAUCAAAAGGCAGCCAGAAUGUUUUGAGCAACUUGUUAAAUGCACCAAUUGCACCAAUAACUGAAGAUGGUGUUGUUUACAUUGCUAUAAAAGGUUCUUUACAUGCAAAUGACAGUUCUGUAUUUGGACUAGGUGAAGAAGAAAUAAAAGCUCUUACAAAAAAGUACCCAGGAUCCGGAGUAGUUGUUAAUGGUGUCUCCAUUAAAGCUAAUGUACUUGAUGCUAUAAACUCUUUAGCUCAACUUGGGUACAAGGUAGUAACAACCACAGGAGAUACCGAAAUUACUUGGACAAUGCAACGUGAACUGUGAACUUUACAUACAUUAUCAGAUAUAUU